CAACCAAUCGACAUGGCCAACCAGCUUUUCGUCCUGGGUCCCCUGCCUAACGUCAACGAAUCGUUGCCCAUCAUGAAUGUCGACCUUAGCACGUUCUCAAGCGAUGGAACUGGCCGGUACCCAGCCGAUAUGACUAGACCUUGGGACCGCGCCGUUCUUGACAUCCUCAUUCAAGUCUUUAACAUGAAUGGCCAUGGAGCACGUCUGUUCGGCCACAACAUCAACUUUGUCGGCACUCUGCCUCAAGGCUAUGCCGCUUUCAACUACAUCACCCCUGCUGGCCACACCAUGGUCGAGCUUUGGGGUCACCCUUGUGGGCGCUCUUUCACAUCAUUCGAAAGCUUCUCGGUACAUGUCAUCAGUCUCAUGACUGCCAAUCUCGAUGCUUGCAGAUGUAUACUCUGCACCAGUCCUUGUUCUGAACCCGAGGGCUCUCCUGGUUCUUUGUCUGAGGGUCGUGACAGUACUCCCGACACUCCUUACCCUGUCACACCUCCUGCUACAGAUGAUUCGAGAAGCAUUCAGAUGGUGGAGGACGACGACUAG